AUGGCAACAAACGCGUUCAAAACGUAUAGAAUCGCCACUAUACCAGGAGAUGGCAUCGGUCCACUCGAUUUUACCGAGCUCGAUUGGAGUACGGCACGAUAUAAAAAGACGGGAAAGUAUAUGCCAGACGAUGGGUUGAAUGUUCUGAAAACAUUUGAUGCUGGUAUAUUCGGUGCAGUUGGUGCGCCAGAGGCCCCUGACCUUAUCUCCCUAUGGAAUCUGCUCUUAGCCAUCCGUGGACCAAUGCAAUUAUACGCUAAUGUGAGACCCGUGAAAAACUCUCCAAAAUUACCUUCACUGCUUAGAGGGGUCGAGGACGGUGACAUUGACUGGUUACUCGUCCGCGAGAACAGCGAAGGAGAAUGUCGCGGUCAAGGCGGACGGACUCAUCGCGGAACACCAUGGGAGGCAGCAACUGAACGUAUUAUGCGUUUUGCUUUUGAUACUGCCCGCAGCCACCCUCGCAAACUACUUACUGUGGUUACAAAGAGUAAUGCCAUGCUCAACGGCAUGGUACUCUGGGAUGAAGUUGCUGCUGAAGUAGCUCGGGAAUAUCCGGACGUCAAAUGGGACAAAAUGCUAGUUGAUGCUAUGACAGUCCGGAUGGCUGCUAAUCCUGAGUCUUUGGAUACAAUCGUGGGCACAAAUCUACAUAUUGACAUCCUGUCUGACCUUGCUGCUGCACUAGCUGGUUCUAUUGGCAUUGCUGCUUCUAGCAAUCUCGACCCUACGCGUAAAAACCCAUCACUAUUCGAGCCGGUUCAUGGUAGUGCCUUUGAUAUUACUGGGAAGGGGAUUGCCAACCCUGUGGCUACCUUAUGGUCCGCCUCAAAGAUGCUGGAUUAG